AUGUUUGUUGCCAUACGAUUCAGUCGUCGACAAGUCGCAUCAAGGUUCAUCAACAAGCGUUGUCUUUCGGUGAAUGCGUUGAAUCCACGUCUCAUCACCAAGGUGCUCGAUGACUAUGUUGUUGGACAAGAUCAGGCGAAACGAGUGCUUUCCGUAGCCGUAUUCAAUCAUUAUACCCGAGUGCAAGCCAACUUGGAACGGGGUACAAGCAGCAGCAGCAGCAGUAGUACCAGCAACGAGGUGAACGAAUCAUCAUCAGAGCACUUGUGUCACCAUCACAUCAAUGAAGAAGAAGUGGAUACACAAAAGGAGCAAGAUCGAUAUUAUCGCACUUCAUUUUGGAGAUCGGAUGAAUUACAAGCGAUGGGAGAACAAAAGACCUUGUUGGAAAAGAGCAAUGUGUUGCUUAUUGGACCUACUGGAUCAGGCAAGACACUCCUCGCCAAGACACUAGCAAGUGUCCUGCAGGUGCCUUUCUCCAUGUCAGACGCCACAUCUUUUACUCAAGCUGGUUAUGUGGGGGAGGAUGUUGAAUCCGUUAUUGAACGUCUAUUGCAGGCAUGCGAUUAUGAUGUGGAUAAAGCUGAAAGGGGGAUUGUCUUUAUUGACGAGAUUGACAAGAUUGCCAAACGAAGUGAUCAUGGAUCCAAUUCUCGAGAUAUUGGCGGCGAAGGUGUACAGCAAGCUCUUUUACGAAUGUUGGAGGGAACUCAGGUCAAGGUUACUUACAAAGGAGGUGGCAGUGGUGGCAGUGGUGGUGGUCCAAGCCAACAUAGUCGACCCAUGACGACCACCGGUGGAACUUACAUGGGCCAUCAAGUGAUACCUAAUCCAUUGGGAUCACCCGUGGAGGGGGGUGGCGCUCCUGCAGCAAGUGGCAGUGGCAGUGGUGGUGGUACCAGUGGUGGCGUGCAUUAUCAACAACAGCAACAACCACCACAUCCAGGAGAUGUAUUCACGAUCGACACAAGCAACAUCUUGUUUAUCCUAAGUGGUGCAUUUGUUGGUUUGGAAGAUCACAUUGUGCGACGUAUUGGCAGCAGCCUUCCUUCAUCGAAUGAUAUACAACAGUCUGCCCUAGAUCAAGUUGAACCGCACGACGUUAUGAAAUAUGGCAUGAUCCCCGAGUUUGUUGGUCGUCUACCCGUGCUUGUCAAUGUCAAUCAGCUCACUGAAAAGGACCUUGUUCGUGUAUUGACGGAACCCAAAAAUGCAUUGGUCAAACAAUAUGAAGAGUUGUUCAAUCUUUACAAGGCAGAGAUAAGGUUCACUGAACAAGCUCUUGGAUUGAUUGCUCGGCAAGCUGUACAAAAAAAGACUGGUGCCAGGGGUCUUCGUAGAAUCAUGGAGAAGUUGUUGUUGGAUGCCAUGUAUGACACGCCAGGAUCAUCCAUUCGGCACAUUCUAAUCAAUGGAGAUGUUGCUAGCGGCAAGAGCAAGCCCUUGUACUAUUCUAGGGGUCAAUGGGGGAUGAUGGAACAUAGCUUGGAGCUCGAGAAUGGGAAGCAAGAAACACAUGCAUCAUGA